UCAGCACACGCCUGCACCCACGCCAUGGGCGGCUCGGCCUCCAGCCAGCUGGACGAGAGCAAGUGCACCUACAUCCGAGGGAAGACUGAGGCUGCUAUCAAAAACUUCAGCCCCUACUACAGUCGCCAGUACUCUGUGGCCUUCUGCAAUCAUGUACGAAGUGAAGUAGAACAGCAAAGAGAUUUACGAUCACAAAUUUUGAAGAUCAAGCCACCAUUGGAGCCUGGAACUGUCUUGUAUGAAGGAGAGCUAUCACAGUUUGCUGAAGACAUAAAAAAAUGGAAGGACAGAUACAUUGUGGUUAAAAAUGAUUUUGCUGUGGAGAGCUACGAGAACAAAGAGGCCUAUCAGAAGGGAGCUGCUCCUAAAAACCGAAUUCUUCCGGCCAGUGGGAAGGUGUUAACCUCAGAAGAAGAAUAUAAUUUGCUAUCGGAUCGGCAUUUCCCAGACCCCAUUGCAUCCAAUGAGAAGGAAAAUGCUCAGCCCUUUGUGGUCCUACCAAAGGAAUUCCCGGUGUACCUGUGGCAGCCUUACAUCAGACACGCCUACUUCUGCUUCCAGGAGGCUGUGGACCAGAAGAAGUUUAGUGCGCUCCUGAGUGACUGCAUCAGACAUCUAAAUCAUGAUUACAUGAAGCAGACGACUUAUGAAGCCCAUGCCUUCUUAGAAGCUGUGCAAUUCUUCCGGCAGGAGAAAGGUCAUUAUGGCUCAUGGGAAAUGAUCACUGGGAAUGAAGUCCAGAUCCUGAGUAACCUAGUGAUGGAGGAGCUCCUGCCAACCCUCCAGACAGACCUUCUGCCUAAAAUGAAGGGGAAGAAGAAUGACAGGAAGAGGGCCUGGUUCGGACUCCUGGAGGAGGCCUACAACCUGGUUCAGCUUCAAGUCUCAGAAGGAUUAAAUGCCUUGAAGGAGGAAUGCCGAAGUCUGACAAAGGGCCUGGAAGGAACUAUCCGUUCAGACAUGGAUCAGAUUGUGAACUCAAAGAACUUCUUAACUGGAAAGAUCAAAGCUAUGGUGGCCGAGCCUGCGGAGCGUAGCUGUGCAGAGAGUGUGCAGCCAUUCCUGGCAUCCAUUCUGGAGGAACUCAUGGGACCAGUGAGCUCAGGAUUCAGUGAUGUCCGCUCACUCUUUGAAAAAGAAGUGGAUGAGCUCAGCCAGAGCUUUCAGACAACUAGAGAUACUGUUCAACUAAAGGAGCAUCUAGACAAGCUUAUGAAUCUUCCACUGGAUUCCAUGAAGAUGGAACCUUGUUAUAGUAAAGUCAACCUGCUUCAAGAGCGCCUGCAAGAUCUCAGGAGCCGCUUCAGAUUCCCCCACGUGGACCUGGUGAUCCAGAGGACCCAGAACUACAUGCAAGAGCUGAUGGAAAACGCAGUAUUCACGUUCAUACAAUUACUUUCCCCACAUCUUCAAGGAGAGGCCUCCAAAACUGCAGUCUCCAUUGAGAAGGUUAAACUUCGAGUCCUAAAGCAAUAUGAUUACGACAGCAGCACCAUCCGGAAGAAGAUAUUUCAAGAGGCUCUGGUUCAGAUCACACUUCCCACCGUGCAGAAGGCUUUGGCAUCCACGUGCAAACCAGAACUUCAAAAAUAUGAGCAGUUCAUCUUUGCAGAUCAUACCAAUAUGAUCCAGGUUGAAAAUGUGUAUGAGGAAAUUUUACAUCAGACCCUGCUUGAUGAAACUCUCAAAGUGAUAAAGGAAGCCGCUGUUCUGAAGAAACACAACUUAUUUGAAGACAACAUAGCCUUACCCAGUGAAAGUGUGUCCAGCUUAAUUGAUCUAAAAACCCCUUCAGGGUCAAACCAGGCCAGCCCUGCCAGGGGAGCCUCAACGGUUCUGCCAGGAGUUCCGGAUAGUGAGCCCUUGGGGAACGAAGUGUUCCAGGAGUCAGAGGAAACUCAGCAGCCCCGAGCCCCAAGUCCAUCGGCUGAAGGAGAAAGUAUAUCUCUCCCCGUGUCCAGCCCUCCCACCAGUGGAGAUGAGCAGGUGAUUGUUUCAAGCAUUAGUGGUCCUGUGAAUCUUGUGGCUGCAGAGGACAAGGCAGGAACUGUGGGUACAAACUCAACAGAGAUGGAGUUUGGAGAGAUUCCUGAGGAAGAAGACCCCAGCCGUGAAGAGCCAGAAUCCAUCUCUGCCUCCGGGUCUUUGAAGGAACUUAGAAAAUUGUUGACUGUGACUGUUGAGGUACCAGUGGCGUCUGCCAUAGCUAUUGAAAAAAAUACAAAUGAGGAGACUGUUUUGCCACAAGAAGAGGAAAAAGCACAAAUUGACAAAGAGGUCCAUGAGGCAGCUGCCUCCCCUUGGGAUCAUUGUGAAGAGGAUGAAACCAAUGAGAGGGAGGCCCAUCCUCCCUCUGCAGAGGCCAGUGGGGUGGAAUUGGAGAGCUUUCCAGAAGCCAGCAGCCCUGCCCCUCAACCUACCUAUGGCGAGUCCACUGAGGGGGCCAGCUGCCUGGACCCCAGAGAUGAGAAAGUGGAGGCUGAGGGUCCCACUGAAAGGGAGCUUACAGAGAGAGCCUCCAUAUUAUCUGAGGAAGGAGGAGGGGCCCUGUGUGCCCUGACGAGUGAGGCCGAUGCACAAGAAGAUCACCUUUUAAGUUCUGACCCUGUCUGCCCUAGUGAGAGCCAGGUUUCUGAGGAACAAGAAGGUAGGGAAGGCAAAAGCAGCAUGGGCCAGCCCGUGGCCAUAGUGGAUAGCGAGGUGAUUAAGACCACUGGUGUCCAUGCAUGCCCAUGGAUGGUUGAAGACGCUCCAGACAGUGAUAGUCUAGGCGCACAAGGAAAUGACGUUCAGGAGAGAGAAGGUGGUCAGGAGAGUUUCCCAGCACAGCCCUCAGAAGAAUGA